GGCGGAGCGCGGCAGGCAGGGCUGGCGGGGGCGCGAGGAGCCGGACGCCGUCGCCGCGGGGGCCAUGACCGUGGAGCAGAACGUGCUGCAGCAGAGCGCGGCGCAGAAGCAUCAGCAGACAUUUCUGAAUCAGCUGAGAGAAAUUACUGGGAUUAAUGACACUCAGAUACUACAGCAAGCCUUGAAGGAUAGUAAUGGAAACUUGGAAUUAGCAGUGGCUUUCCUUACUUCGAAGAAUGCCAAGACCCCUCAGCAGGAGGAGACUACUUACUAUCAAACAGCACUGCCUGGCAAUGACAGAUACAUCAGUGUGGGAAGCCAAGCAGAUACAAGAAAAAAACAGUAUAUGCACACCAGAACAAGAGGCACUACAAUUGAGCAAUCAAAAUUUGGAUCAAAGGAUAAGAGGGAUUUAGAUGUGAUUGACCUUACUGGAGAUGAUAAAGAUGAUCUUCAGAGAGCAAUUGCCUUGAGUUUGGCGGAAUCAAACAGGGCAUUCAGGGAGACUGGGAUAACUGAUGAGGAGCAAGCCAUUAGCAGAGUUCUUGAAGCCAGUAUAGCAGAAAACAAAGCAUGUUUGAAGAGGACACCUACUGAAGUUUGGAGGGAUUCUCGAAACCCUUAUGAUAGAAAAAGGCAAGACAAAGCUCCCGUUGGAUUAAAGAAUGUUGGCAAUACUUGCUGGUUUAGUGCAGUUAUUCAGUCAUUAUUCAAUCUUUUGGAAUUUAGAAGAUUAGUUCUGAAUUACAAGCCUCCAUCAAAUGCCCAAGAUUUACCCCGAAACCAAAAGGAACAUCGGAAUUUGCCUUUUAUGCGAGAGCUGAGGUAUCUAUUUGCACUUCUUGUUGGUACCAAAAGGAAAUAUGUUGAUCCAUCAAGAGCAGUUGAAAUUCUUAAGGAUGCCUUCAAAUCAAAUGACUCACAGCAGCAAGAUGUGAGUGAGUUUACACAUAAAUUAUUGGAUUGGUUAGAAGAUGCCUUCCAAAUGAAAGCUGAAGAGGAGACUGAUGAAGAGAAGCCAAAGAACCCCAUGGUAGAGUUGUUCUAUGGAAGAUUUCUAGCUGUGGGUGUACUUGAAGGUAAAAAAUUUGAAAACACUGAAAUGUUUGGUCAGUAUCCACUUCAGGUCAAUGGGUUCAAAGAUCUGCAUGAGUGCCUAGAAGCUGCAAUGAUUGAAGGAGAAAUUGAGUCUUUACACUCAGAGAACUCAGGAAAAUCAGGCCAAGAGCAUUGGUUUACUGAACUACCACCUGUGUUAACAUUUGAAUUGUCAAGAUUUGAAUUUAACCAGGCCUUGGGAAGACCAGAAAAAAUUCACAACAAAUUAGAGUUUCCCCAAGUUUUAUAUCUGGACAGAUACAUGCACAGAAACAGAGAAAUAACAAGAAUUAAGAGAGACGAGAUCAAGAGACUUAAAGAUUAUCUUACAGUAUUACAGCAAAGAUUAGAAAGAUAUUUAAGCUAUGGUUCAGGUCCCAAGCGAUUCCCAUUGGUAGAUGUUCUACAGUAUGCUUUGGAAUUUGCCUCAAGUAAGCCUGUUUGCACCUCUCCAGUUGAUGAUAUUGAUGCUACUUCCCCACCCAGUGGUUCUGUACCAGCACAGACAUUACCAAGCACAGCAGAGCCACAGGGAGCCCCUUCUUCAGAACUGCCAAGCACAUCACCUGUAUCAGUUGCUGCCAUUUCAUCAAGAUCAGUGAUACACAAACCAUUCACCCAGUCUCGGAUACCUCCAGAUUUGCCCAUGCAUCCAGCUCCAAGGCACAUAACAGAAGAAGAACUUUCUGUACUAGAAAGCUGUUUACAUCGUUGGAGGACAGAAAUAGAAAAUGACACCAGAGAUUUGCAGGAAAGCAUAUCCAGAAUCCAUCGAACGAUUGAACUAAUGUACUCUGACAAGUCUAUGAUCCAAGUUCCUUAUCGCUUACAUGCUGUUUUGGUUCACGAAGGCCAAGCUAAUGCUGGGCACUACUGGGCUUACAUUUUUGAUCAUCGUGAAAAUAGGUGGAUGAAGUAUAAUGAUAUUGCUGUGACAAAAUCAUCAUGGGAAGAGUUAGUGAGGGACUCUUUUGGUGGCUAUAGAAAUGCCAGCGCAUACUGUUUGAUGUACAUAAAUGAUAAGGCACAAUUCUUAAUACAAGAGGAGUUUAAUAAAGAAACUGGGCAGGCUCUUGUUGGAAUAGAAACAUUACCACCAGAUUUGCGAGAUUUUGUUGAGGAAGACAAUCUGCGAUUUGAAAAAGAACUUGAAGAAUGGGAUGCACAACUUGCCCAGAAAGCUUUGCAGGAAAAACUUUUAGCAUCGCAGAAAUUGAGGGAGUCUGAGUCUUCUGCAACAACAGCACAAGCAGGAGAACCAGAAUAUCUAGAGCAGCCAUCAAGAAGUGAUUUCUCAAAGCACUUGAAAGAAGAAACUAUUCGAGUAAUUACCAAGGCAUCGCAUGAGCAUGAAGAUAAAAGUCCUGAAACAGUUUUGCAGUCGAAACCUGAAAAUACCACAAGCCAACCACUUUCUAACCAGCGAGUUCUAGAGGUGGCGAUUCCUCAUAUAGGAAAAUUUAUGAUUGAAUCAAAGGAGGGGGGUUAUGAUGAUGAGAUCAUGCUGACACCGAACAUGCAAGGUAUUAUCAUGGCGAUAGGUAAAUCCAGGAAUGUGUAUGACAGGUGUGGCCCUGAAGCAGGGUUCUUUAAGGCAAUUAAGUUGGAAUAUUCACGGUUGGUUAAGUUGGCCCAAGAAGACACCCCCCCAGAAACAGAUUAUCGUUUACAUCAUGUAGUGGUCUACUUUAUCCAGAACCAGGCACCAAAGAAAAUCAUUGAGAAAACCUUGCUGGAGCAAUUUGGAGAUAGAAAUUUGAGUUUUGAUGAAAGGUGUCACAACAUAAUGAAAGUGGCUCAAGCCAAACUUGAAAUGAUAAAACCUGAAGAAGUGAAUUUGGAAGAAUAUGAGGAGUGGCAUCAGGAUUAUAGGAAAUUCAGGGAAACCACUAUGUAUCUUAUAAUUGGACUUGAAAACUUUCAGAGAGAAAGUUACAUAGAUUCGUUGCUGUUCCUCAUCUGUGCUUAUCAGAAUAACAAGGAACUAUUAUCCAAAGGCCUGUAUAGAGGACAUGAUGAAGAAUUGAUAUCACAUUAUAGAAGAGAAUGUUUACUAAAACUAAAUGAGCAAGCUGCAGAACUGUUUGAAUCUGGAGAGGAUCGAGAAGUAAACCAUGGUCUGACCAUCAUGAAUGAGUUUAUUGUCCCAUUUUUGCCCUUAUUAUUGGUGGAUGAAAUGGAAGAGAAGGAUAUCCUCGCUGUGGAAGAUAUGAGGAAUCGAUGGUGUUCCUACCUUGGACAAGAAAUGGAAUCAAACCUCCAAGAAAAGCUGACGGAUUUUCUGCCCAAAUUGCUUGAUUGUUCAACGGAAAUUAAAGGUUUCCACGAGCCGCCCAAGUUACCUGCAUAUUCCACGCAUGAACUCUGCGAGCGAUUUGCCCGAAUCAUGUUGUCCCUCAGUCGAACUCCUGCUGAUGGAAGAUAAACUGCACACUUUCCUUCAAUACACUGUAUAAACUUUUUUAGUUCUUAACCCUUGCCUUCCUGUCACAGGGUUUGCUUGUUGCUGCUAUAGUUUUUAACUUUUUUAUUUUAAUAACCGCAAGAGACAAGAUGAGUAUACAGACUUUAGCCAGAUGAUAGACAAUAAAGCUGAGAAUCGCAUGGCACUCAGACUUUGUUUUAACCACAACUGAUGUGUAAUUACGAAUCUAAUUGAUUUUAUGAAGGCAAAACUAUGCUUUUGCCACCUUCUGGUACAGUGUUACUUUGCUUUUAUCUUUAUCAACAGCUUUUCAUUCAGUCUGGAUCCUUCCACGAUUACAGCCAUUUAAGUGUUCAGCACUGUGUACGAUACAUAUUUGGUAGCUUGUAAAUGAAAUUAAAGAAUAAAGUUUUAUUUAUGGCUACCUAUGUGUUUGUAAGCAGGUAUAUUGCAUAUUAGUGUUUUAUUUUAGUCAUAAUAUAUGAAUGAAUUUUGGGGAUUAAGACGGGUGAUGAAUAGAUUAAUUUGUCUCUUAUGACAGCACAUAGGAAAUUUACUGAGUAUUUGACAUUUAAGUAUAUGUAUUAUUACUAAGUUGUUAAACUUGGUAUGGCACUUAAAUCUGUUUUGAAUUCAGCUAUAUUUCAUUGAAAUAAGCAGAUGAUUUUUAAGUCAAGCUACACUGAAACUUUUAACCUUUUCUUAGGUUGACCUUUUUUUUUUUUUUAAUGUAUUCACAAGUAAUAUAGCAAGAUGAUUACUUCAGGUGAAACCUGAAAAAGUACUUGAAUAAUGGCUUUUUGUGAAACUUCAAUGAAAUAUGUAUACACACUAAAUCAUACACACAUAUAUAUUCUUCCUGUGACAUGGAAGACAAUGUUUUGCAUUAUAUAAUCAUUCUAUUUUUGUAAAUUAUAUACCACUUUAAUUGAAAAUGUUCAUUAGUAAUCAGUGCUGUGAAAUGAAGUUGAUAUUGUUUAAUUAGAAAUUAUGAGUAUCUUAAUUGCUUCUAUUUCUGUUACACAAAGGAAACAACUAUAGAACAUUUUGUAGAUGAAGAGUGCUCUUUAAUGAAGUUAAUAUUGUGACUGAAAAUCAAAAUCAAUGAUUUAAAAGUAAUGUUAACCUAUUUUUGAUUUAUAACAAUUUCUUUAUAAAUGAUACUUUGUUAGCAUAGUAAAAUAUGUCACUAUAUUUUGUAUAUGCUUGCUACAGCAUUGCCAAAACCUAGUGCUCUCUAUUAGUGCCUCUUACAAAGUUCCAGGAUGGAAGAAGAACAAAAAAUGUCCAGCUAUUAUAUGAUGUUCUUUAUAAAGGUAUUGAUGUACUGCUAAGAUAUUUGUGAAAAGGACUUGGUCGUUUUCCCGUUGUAAAGUUAAAAGUUUCAUAUUAUAGCCAUCAAGAUGUUUGGGUUUUAGGUUUUAAGUUCCCUACUGAGAAGAAUUCUACAAGGGGUUUCAAUUCCUGUUUAAAGUUUAGAAAUAUCAUAUGUAUCAUUACAGCUUUUGUAAAGUAACUUCAUUGUUUUAUGAUAUUUUACCAUAAGUGUAAAAUUGUGUUGUGUGUAUAAUUGACUACUGAGACAGAAAGUUCUCAGAUACCAUAUGAAAUUACUCCUUUGAAAAGUUACAUCCAAGGAAUCAUGUGGCUUUUGCGAUAAAGGUAUGUAUUGUUAUUGAA